AUGCCGAAAAGAAAGUCAGAGGGUCCCGAGGGAAAGGAGGCCCCCAAAGUCACAAAGCAGGAGGCCGUUCGGCGGUCCGAGAGGUUGGCGAAACUUGCUCCUCCCAAGACUGAGAUGAAGACUGAGAUGAAGCCUAAGAAAACAGUCCUCAAGGUUGUAAAGAAAAGCGGAGUGAGAGGAAGGAAGGACGACGACUUUGCCCACAACGGAGAUGCAAAGGAAUCUGAGGCAGCGGAGGAGGCGACCGACGAGAAGGCGUAA